ACUAAAAUGCCAGAUCCAAAAAUAUCGGCACAUUGACUGUCCCGCUCCGAGAUGGAAAGUGAAGAUGAACGCCGCCCUCUUCUGAGUGCACGGGCUCGACAUUCCAACUCUUACAGGUUUAGAAAAUGGUGUCUUCGGAUUCCCUCUGAAUUAGCUAUAACUGGAAUCAUAAUAGGGAUUUUUAUAAUCAUAGUUUCAAUGCUGAUAAUAUUUCAAUAUUUAUAUGCUACAACACUUACCAAGUGGGAUCAAGUCACAGAAGUUAGCUUAUUAGGAUCGACUCAACUGAACGCCCUUGGUAACUCUUCAGCAACAGAGAAGGACAGACAGACAUCAGAAAGAAAAGGGAAAGAUGAGGAUAAGAAUGUUAAUAGACGAAAGGAGAGUGCACCAACUACAAGUGAAGUUGGUAGUUUACGUCAUCAGUGUACCCUAGCCAGUAGAAUAGGCAAUGACAUAAAAAGUGUGUGGUUGCGACUCCAUAGCUCUUUCUUCUACCUUUCCGUUCAAGGGUCCCCUACAGCUGUGUCUGGACUACUAUCCUAAAAUGCAAAAUGUUCCUAAAUUUCCAAACGUUCCUGUAUUUAAGAAAACUCUGCAUUUAAUGAACAUUUUAUAAGUUAUUAAAAUGCUAAGAGCAUGU